AUGAUCUCGUCACAAGUCUAUUGAUUUUUUCGCUAUUGAACAUAAUCAGUUUUUUUUGUUUACGCGGUAUUUUGUUCCUUGGAACAUGAUGUCGAGUGGUGUUAGAUAUUCCGAAGGGAAUGAUUCUAAUUGUUCCAGUACAUUUAACAAAAAAAUAUCAGAAUGCGAACCACUUCCAGAUUACCAUUUUUUCUGUCAACUUGCCCAUGGAAGCCCUACCGGAAUUAUACAUGGUUUUACUACAGUCCGUCAGCUCCACACGAAAAUAUCGGAGUGUUUUGAUAUAAAUCCAUCUCAGAUCAUGUAUUGUACACGUAAUACACAUAAAUUAGAUAUGGAUAAAUUAUUAAGUUAUGAAAUUGGUUUAAAUGAUUUUUUAUUUGCACAUAUUAAAGGACAACCAAAAGAGAUUAAAAUACGUAAAACAAGUGAAUCAUUUGGUUUAACAUUAACAGAUAAUGGUUGUGGUGUAGUCAUUAUAAAACGUAUUAAACCUGGAAGUUUUAUGGAUAAAGUAUCUAAAGCAUGUCAUGGUUUAAUACAACCUGGUGAUCAAAUUGAAAAAAUUGAUGAUAUUUCAUUUAAUGGUCGACGUCAUUAUCAUGUAGCAUCUUAUUUACAAAAUAUUCCUAUAACAAAUGUAUUUUGUUUACGAUUAAUUUCACCAGAACGUUGUCCUAUGUAUAUGAUAAGUUCACGUUCAGAAGGUAGAAAUAAUCAUGUUGGAUCAGGUAAACGAACUAUACGUUUUAAACAAGAUGGAAAUUUAGAAGAAAAUGAGAUUGUUGAUGUUGAAAUUGAAGGAAUUCAAAGAAUUAAUGAAAUACUUGGUGAUAGUCUUGGUUUUGAAGAUAAUGAACUUGCUAGAAGCUGGUUGUUGCUAAUGGUAUCCGGCCAAUGGUUGUUGAGUAUCUUGCAUAGACAACUAUUUAUAAAUAUUUACAACUUCUUGAUGAUGGUUGUAGUAGUUCUUCAAGUUUCAGCUUCAUACAUUAAAACUGUCUUAACGUUCAUAUUGACGAUUUUGACUUUGAUAUUAGUUGACAGAAAUAUGUUUUGAAUUCUAUACAAUAUACAUUGUUAGUUGGUUGCUAACUAUAAAUAAACAUUUUUUAAUUAUUGAUUCCUGUCAAGUACACAGAUCAUGAAAAACAAAAAGAAAACAACUUCACAUCCACAUAUUUCUCACAUAUUCAAUCAUCAAACUCCGUAUGCUAUCGGUUAUUAAUCUUAGUUACAUACCUAACUUUAUUACUCAUAUAGAUCCGUCAUUGUCAAAUCGAAACCAUUGAUUAUUCAACUAUACUACCAUCUUUUCCUUUACACAAUAAAAAUUGUUACUUCCAUUGUUUUGUUCACUGGAAUUCAUAAUGAACGACAUAAGUGUAAUAUAUAAAUAAUUAAAAGAAAAACAUUUGAAAGAAAAACAACAAAAAAGAGAGAAAGAAAAAAGAGAGAAAAGAAAUGCAAUUAAAUCGUUAAUGGUUUAGUUUCUCCUACUUAACAACAGUAUUAUUAAUGAUAAAAUGGAAUAGUUUAAUUGAAUUCAAUAUGAUACAUCAUCAUAUUAUAUAAUAAGUAAUACAUAAUAAAAUGUAUCCAUCAUAAGUAAAUUGACUGAGAGUAUUUCUAUUCAUAAGAAUAAAUAAAUACUAAAUUCAUUCUUUAUUUAUAUUAAUAAAACUAUUGGUAUGUGAAAUUGAAAUUAGAUCAUCAUGGAAAAUCUGGAAACAUUGGACGAUUGUUUCAUUCUAUUGUGGGACUACUCAACAGUGCGUAUCUACGAUCUCGCCUCGCAAGAUUCGAACCCAGGACCUAUUACUCUCGUGUGUAAACGGUUUACCUCUAGACUACUGAGCUGGCUGGUAUCCAACAGUGUUAAUGUCUAAAUUCAAGUAAUCCACCAAAUUGAGCGAUACAUCCACUAUUGUCUUCAUUGAGUUACUAUUUCAUAACAGACCGAUUGAACUUCACUGGUCACUGCUUCUCACUAGAACUUCAGGAAAUACUUCUUAAAGCUAGUUACUAAUGAGCAUAUGUUGAUUCAUAUCAUAAGGGUUAAUAGUAAUAUGGUAAAAACAAAAAUGUAAAGAAAAUUUUGUAAAUAAAAUGCAUAGUAGGAGAAUAUCAUCUUGUCAAUUGAGAUAAUAAUGAUAAUAAUAAUAUUGUUGUGUGAAUAUAACAUGUAAUAAGAGGGAUGUUAUCACGGUAAUUACGAUAAACGAAUUGAGAAUGAUAGAUGUGAAGAUUAAGAUAGAGGUAAUCAGAAAAAAAGAAGGGGGCAAGAUGUUUAUAAUAUUCAGUUGAGGUAUUCGGUGAUCUAGUCGUAGGUCAAGGUAAAUGUAGAUGCUGGAUAUAAGUUUGGUUUUCUGGAGUUGAUCUAGAUGACUUAGACUGUGUAGACUAACCGUGAUGUAAAUCCUUGAGGUACAUAUUUUGGAACUUGAGAUAAAGCAGAGAAAGCUUCCUCUAUUUUAAUAUGAUGUUCAUUAUCUACAAAGUGAGAAAGGAUAGUGCUGUUGUUCGAUUUAGUGACUCCUUUUCCUAACCAUGCUGGUACAUAUUCACGAACACAAAAAAAUGAAGCCCUGUGAGUACGGUCUAGGUAAUUAGCUCCACAGGAUCAAUUGAAUCGGUAUACACACAUAUUAUAUUGACUGAUAAACAUCGUGAGGCUAUCCGCAAAUCAAAAGUGAAUGAACACACUCUUCGCACUAAAUAUAAUAAUGGAUAGGACAUCGUAAUUCUGAACAAGUUAGAUUACAUAGAUAAGAUAAAUUCCUUACUGAGUGAUCAAACCAAAUUCUAAAAGCUUGUGUCAUAUAAAAACCUCAACAAAAAGACCGAACGUCAACGAACUUCAGCAUUAGAAAUUUUUAAAUCAACACCAAUACAUCUCUGAGCAUAUCUGUUAUGGGCUCAAGCCUUUAGAACACAUACCUCUUGACUUUGUGACGCACUUAUGCGAGACACAUAAGUCAAGGGUUCAAAUCCCAACUAGACCACUGACUUGGUCGGUAUUCAUCAGUGUUAAUGUCUAACUUCAACCAAUCCACGAAGUCGCACUAUCAUACACCAUUGUCUUUAGUGAAUUGAUAUCUCACAACAAACCUGGUUGAACUUCAAUAUCAUAUCAUUUUCAAAAGAUAUUUUCAUUUUUAAUCUCAUGUUUAUUGUUAUUUGUUCUGUUGUUUUGUUUGUUUUGUUUUUCUUUUUGUUUUUCUCUUUUCUUUCUUUCCUUUCGAUAAUUAGCAUUCUAUUUAUAUAAAUUAGCUAAAUCAUCAUUAAAUCCAAAUGAUUUAGAACAACAUAUGAAUAGAAAUAAUAAAUUAUUUGAAUUUAUAUUACCUAAAACAUUAAUUCAUUUAUUAUGGAAAACUGCUCAUUUCAAUGAUACAUAUUAAUCAUAUUAAAUAUAAUGAUCAUUAUCAUUGAAAGUUUUAUGAUAAAUGAAUUGAAUGAAUAUUAUAUGAUAUGAUAGUGGUUUAUGAAUAAAUCUACAAUUCCAUGUAUGUGAUAAUAUAGAAUAGUUAAAUCAGAAUUUUCACUACCGGUGAAAAGAAGACAUUACUAUCUCUUAAUCACUCACUCCCUCUCUCGCUCCCGUUAUCCUUCACCCGAUUCUUCUACAUGCGCUCUUUUUCACUAUCUCAUGUCUAACCGUUCCGCAUUACUCUCUCUCACUCUCUUUCUCUCUCUCUCUAUAUAUAUAUAUCUCCUUAUCCUUCCCCUAUCCUUUUGCCUGCGUUCUAUUUCUCUAUCCCUCGUCUGCACUUCUAGGCGCUCUCAUUCUCCCUCUAUCCCUCGCUUGCUUUUCUAUGUUCUCUUUUUCUUUCUUUGUUAUUUGUAAUUAUAAGUAUAGAAAAUAGUUUAAUUGAAAAUGCUUUAUUAAACGAUGUAUAAUUUUUAACGCUUUUAAUAUGAACAUAUAUAUUGAAUGAUAUUAUUUGAAUGCAUAAUUUAUUUGAUUAUUGUGUGUACAUUUCAAUUUAUAUAUGAAUAAUAAUAUUUAUUCAAUUAAUUAA